AUGCCUGCCCCCGUUGCAAAAGGGAUUAUCGUGACCGCCUCGGUGCUUGUCGCUGCAGGCAUAGCCUUGUAUCAGUCUCCACAGUUUCAACGAUGGGUGAACAACUCUCGUCGAAAAAUUGCGUUGGCCCUGUACAACAUGGGGGAUGAGAUAUUCCCGCAUGAUGAAAGAUCUCCUCUCAGACAAGAUGCCUCCAUGACUGAGGAGACUGGGGAAGCUGCUGAGGAACGAAGACGAAUAGUUAGGGAGGAGAUCCUGCAUCGCCGCUCUCUUUUCGAGGAACGCCAAAGAAAGGGAAAUAGCCAACCUCUGAACGACUUUGACUCUAUUGUUGACAAGGAAGGGAAGCUAAAAUCUGAUUAUCUGGAGAAGUCUCCUGAGGCCUUUGGGAGCUCAACGGCCGUGGACAUUUCAAAUUCGCAACUGUUCCAGCGAGAAAUCAAACAGGAUGAAUCUGCUCCUACGGAGGACCAGAUGCAGCAGCCUAACCUGCUAGACACGGCGGAGAAAAACAAGCUUCAUAUUGCUCUUCCCUCGGACGUCUCGUCUAACCAUCCUUCGGAGUCUUUAGUCGAUCUCACUCCUACUUCUGAAGCGCCAGACAGCCAUGCUUCCUUGAUGCAAGAGAAGCAUGAUAUGUCUUACUCUGGAUACUUCUCGGUGACAUCUGAGUCAGUGCCAUCGGCAUCCAGCCAUACAGAGCAUGAGAGUCCAGGAUUCUUCUAUGCUCAUCCUGACCCUACCACCAAUGAGAGUCACCCGGACGUUAGAUCACCAUUUGCAGAUCCUCAAGAACAAGUCCACUCAUCUGCUGCAUCCACUGUGGGCAAUUACAGUCAUCUGGAUGGGUCCUUUACAGAUGCUUCGUCUGACGGCACCCUGAGCGAAAUUGGACGGGAAGGGGCUGCUACUCCGGCCAGCUGGUCAGAAGUUGGAAGUGUAAUUAGUGAUGACUUAGGCCAUCAUUACUAG